UUCCAUCUUUCUGCUUCCUGUGCACACAGCCACACACACCCCUUUCAUCAUCUCCAACUUUUUCCCCUUCUUUCUCUAGCCUUUUCUAUCAUUUUUAAGUCUUGAUGCACACACCAGUGGGGAUGGACACUCUCUUGAUCUGAAGAUCUUCUCAGUCACUUCCAUUGAAGUCUCAAGUGAAGAGAGGAAGAAGAGGAAGCUGGAGAUCAAGAAGUAGCAGUGAAAGUACCACUAGAUCGAACGAGAGCUAGAUCUCAUCUCUCGCUAGGAAGCUUGUAUACCAGUAGUGCACAAAUGUUACCUUACCCUAACCCUCACCAUUUCUGCGUCUCCCAGUCCCAAGAACCCCCACACCUGAACCCUACCAGCUUUCCCAUGGCGCCGGAGGCCGCGCAUCUGGAUCAGCACUACAACCACUUCUUCCCCGGCCACGGCCAGUUCAACUCCGAGACGCUGGAGGCGGUGCUCAGGCCGCCGCGGGCGGGUCCAGAGCGGGAGGCCGUAGUGGCGCAGCCGCCGGGCGGAAGAAAAUGCGUGGCCGCCGCCGGCCCCGGCCAAGGCCACGCCAGGGCUCGGAAGCGGCCGUUCCGGACGGACAGGCACAGCAAGAUCCGGACGGCGCAGGGCGUCCGCGACCGGCGGAUGCGGCUUUCCCUCGACGUCGCCCGCGACUUCUUCGCGCUGCAGGACCGGCUCGGCUUCGACAAGGCCAGCAAGACGGUGGACUGGCUGCUCACCCAGUCCAAGCCGGCCAUCGACCGGCUCACCGAGUCCUCUCAGCGAAACGUCGGCGGCAGCGACGCGGCCUUGUCCUCCCCUACGUCAAUGGCGGCUGCUGGAUCAGGGAAGGGGGGAGGGGUUGUGGAGAAGGUGGGAACCAGAAAUGGUGGAUCGGUGUUCAUGGAACACGGCUGCGAGCUGGACCGCCUCGUGUCAGCCGGGCCGGUGCUUGGGGAAUACUACUACGACCUCGGCGAGAUGAUGAGCAACAACGGAGAAGGUGACGACGACGGUGAGUACGAAGAAGACGGUGAUUUCCUGGACGGUAUGCAAUAUUAG